AUUACUUACGCUAAAAAUAAAAAUAAUAAAAAAAUCUAAUCUCUUUUCUAGAUCUCAAAACCAUCUUUUCUCAAGUUCUUCAUUGUUCUUUCAAUUUUUAUUUUUUAAGCAAACUGCUAGAGCUACUAAUUUGAGGGCUCUGAUCCUCUCCUUAAUUUUUCCUUUUUGAUUAAGAGUACAAUUAACAGGUCAGAAAGAAUUCAUUUUGGGAAGUCGGAGAACAUGGGGGGUUUAGAUCAGGGUUGGGCGGAUGAGUCAGUGAAGAAAUCGUCGUCACCAGAAGCGCAAGAAUCCAACCGCCGUAGCACCCUUCUCCAGAUCGAAUCGACGGCGGCCUCAAGCUUUCCUCCCGACCGCUUUUCUCCUCCCCGCCGCUGCGCUCACUACACCGCACAAGACUUCUCCAGAUUGAAUCGACGGCGACUCUAGCUCUCCUCCCGGCCGCUCCUCCUCUCCGAGAUCAAAGGUAUCCCUGGUCGUCACAAGUCACACCAGCCUCUCCGCCUAGCUACUCCCUGGCUCUCUUCCUUGCGACCACUCCUCGUAUCUCUUCCCGCCUCUCUUCCUCGCGACCACUUCUCGUCUCUCUUCCUCCCCUGAAGAAACUAGAAGCGCAAGAACUCCCCUAAAGAAUAAUUGAUGAAUGACGUUGUCGAAUGAUAUAUUUCUCUGGUUCUUCAUCUUCUUCCCUUUCUUCUGCACAUCACAGAUCUAUUAUAUUUCACUGUUUCUCCAUCUUAAUACCUUUCUUCUUUGCAGCCGGAGAGGGAGAAAGAGAGAGCGUUGUCGGAGAGAGGUGAGAGGCGGCAGCCGGAGAUGCGGUCGCUGAAACACUUACCCAGGCUCUGCGUCAAAGAGGGGUUGAGAGAAGAAGAUGGAGAGAUGGGAUCUGACUUCAGAGUUGUUAUUUUUAUUUUCUAUUAAAAUGCUUAAUAAUAAUAUGAUGUGGCAGGUUUAAUGACAUGGCGGGUUGGAUUUUAUGACGUGGCGGGUUAAAAUGAGGUGAAUCGGCAUUUCUGUUAGCCAUUUCAGAAAUAACUGAGGGUGUUAACGGAAUUAAAUAUUUUUACUGACCAAACAUGAACGUUUUUAGUAAUCAUAGUAACCAAAUUUGCAAUUACCCCUAAAAUUUAUUAACCAAAUGAUAUAUGAUACCAACAAAGUAUAAUAUGAUAUUAGCUAACAAAAUAAACCAUGUGUAUAAUGAUAUACAAAAUGAAGUACCAAAUAAAAGUUAAGAUUUUAGUAAGCAAGCUAGCUCGAGUCGAGCUCAAGUUAUGGUAAAACUCGACUCAGCUCGGCUCAUUUGUAGCCCUAAUCAAAACAAGGCAGUGUGGAACCCAAAGCAGGAGGUACGAACGAUAAAUUGGUAAUUAUUCAAGUUCAAUUAAACCCAUUGAGAAUGAGUAGCAGAGUAGGUAGAGUAUAAGUAUAUUAUGGGUAUGAGAUACACAAAUUUUUAACUACACACAAUAUCAAAUGUAAGAUACACAAUUUUUAAGUACUAAAAUGCUUCUUUUUUUAUUUUUAGGAUGUAUAUACAAGAAAAUUAAAUUUAGAUAUUAAAUCAGUAAAUCUAAUAGAUCUAUUAAGUUUAGAUGUCGAAGACUAUGAUACAAAUUUAAAUUUAUGAAUUAAAGAAAAAACCAACUCAAUUCAAAUAAAUGAGCACGUGUAGGCUGAGGCAGCAUUUCAAACCAUCCAUGUUCUUUUUUCAUAACUUAAAUAUAUAAAUAUUUAUUAAAAAUAAAUUAUAUUCACAUAAUUCAUUCAUAGAUUAAAAAUAAUCGACUAUAUAACUAUUUAUUAAAAAUUAAUUAUAUUCACAUAAUUCAUUCAUAGAUUAAAAAUAAUCGACUGUACAAUAAUGUUCAUAAACAAUCAUGAAGGGAUAUUUCAUAUUGUGAAAGAAAUGCAAAAUAAUCGACUAUAAAUAAGUCUUUUCAAUGUCCUUUUUCAUAACUUAUGGGUGUUUGCUUGUUGGAUUUGAAAAAUGAGGGUUUUGGGCUUUUGGCCAAUAAAAAUCUUGGGAUUUAUGUUGGAUUUAUUGGAUAAUGGAUUUGAAGAGUCUAAUGUUUGCAUGAUAGAUUUGAUGAUGGAUUUGUUAAAUAAAUAACUAACCAUCAAGAAUUUGCAAACCCAAAUCAAUAUGUGGGAUUUACAAGUCCGUGGGGUCCACGGAUUUGGUUCCAAAAUAAAGACCAAAUCCGUGGACCUCACGGAUUUAGCACCCUUCAACAAACAAUGGACUUAUGUUAAAUCCAUCAAACUUGGGAUUUGGGUACCAAUUCCAUGACCCAGAUCCAACAAGCAAACGACCCCUUAAAUAUAUAACCAUUUAAUAAAAAUUAAUUAUAUACACAUAAUUUAUUCAUAGAUUAAAAAUAAUAAACUAUCCCGGGACCA